ACUGCAAAUAAAACACGUGCGGUCAUAGCUCAAAAUUCACCAAUCACGUUGUCUAAUAAGAACAGCAGACCACAGCAUCGUUAAUUUUUCGAUCCAAGAAAGUUUAGUUACAUGUUGAAACAAAGAAAUAUAGGAGCGGUGGAGGUGUGGCAUUGUGAACAACAAGAGGGGGGCAAACACACUUCUUGUCAUCUUCCAAUCCCCUGAUCAGAAAACUCAAGCAAGAUUUCCUGAACUAUUUUCCACCUUUGAAGCUUCUUAUCACUUCCACACAUCGACUGUUCUUAACAUCCUUAAAUGUGAUUAGUUUACAUGACUUGUGAAUUACAGCCAUUCACACACACAUUCUCUUAAGUUUAUAUAAGACUCAUCAGCCACCUAACAUACCUCAAACACAUUCACUGACAGGCCACUAUGGCCAAUUUUUAUCCAUAUGGCUGCUUCACUCAUGCCAUUGUUAGAGGUAUCCCAGAAUCCUUUGGGAAGUUGGCAGAGGGUGGAGAUGGGUUUCAGACAGAUAUUGCCAAGGCCAAGCGUCAAAUGGGGGUGUUGACAGGUGCAUUAAGGCAAAAGGUGGGACUACAGUUGAUUGAAAUACAGUUAGAUUCUGAUCUGCCUGAGAGCUGGCGGAUUGAAGACAUUGCUGUGAUCCAAGGUGACACAGCGCUCAUCACACGACCCUUCAAACAGCAGAGAUGCUGUGAGGCAGAGGCUGUGCGGCGAGUCCUAAAUGAACUGAACAUGACGGUGGUGGAGAUGGGUGAUGAGGAAGGGGGUUCUGGUGGAGCCACUCUUGAAGGAAGUGAUGUUCUUUUCACUGGAAAAGAGUUCUUUGUGGGCAUUUCCAAACACACAAAUCACCGGGGAGCAGAAAUUCUGGCUGACACCUUCAGGGACUUUGCUGUUUCCACUGUGCCAGUGUGUGGAGGCUCUCGUCUGAAGAACAUCUGCUCCAUGGGUGGUCCCGAUACUAUCAUUAUUAGCAACAGUGAUGGGGCAAAGAAAACACUCAGAGUGAUGGAGCAGCUAUCUGACCAUCAUUAUGAGAUUUUGUCAGUAUCUGAGGAGGUUGCUGCCAAUUGUAUAUAUAUCAGAGGUCCUGCUAAAGUGGACUAUCUCCUCCAUCCUACAGCUGAGGAGUGUUCUGACAGUAUUGCGGCCUUCCAGCGUUUGACAGACUACACCUUGCUGCCCACAGCCUGCAGUGAGGCCUCCAAACUCGGAGGAGCGCUGUCUUCCUUUUGUCUACUCAUCAACAAAAAACACACCUAUUGACAAUCAUUGCAUAAUCAUCUUAGAUUUGUGUUACAUUUUUUUGUUCACAGUACCUUUACUUAAACAGUCAUUACUGUGUGCAGUUAUGGCAACAUAAAUGUGGCAGCCCAGUUAAAACUGGUUUGAUAUAGUUUGCAAAUGCCCAGUUGUUUUUAUGCAGUAUGCUUUACUUUUGCAUUCAUCCUUAACACCUUAGAGUAGAUGCACACGAUGAGUGCUAUAAUAAAUAUAGCUUUGAAAUAAAUAACUGUUCACUGACGAUGUAAAUAAAGAGCUAAAUAAUAAGUUUACCCUAACUCCUCAA